AAUGUAGACUAAAAUAGUUCAUGAUGAAAUUAUUUCAGCGCGCGUUGAGAAAGUGAAUGAGUGAUUUUGUGUUUGUAGCAAUAACGGUAGAUGCCGCUGAGCGAUGAGCGCCACUCUCUGCUUGGUACACCAUAAAGGUUCUUUGAUGUUCUAAUGAAUAAACAGCCUCUCUUUUGGCCCAUUGUCAGUUAUUCUUUGCCGUUGCAAAGAAGACGAGUUUUCGGAAAAGAGACUAAGUAGCUUUGCGCCGACAAGCUAAUUGUUUUGUUGUUUUUGCAUUGUCUGCCGGUUAGCUCGCUAACGAGGAGGUACCUGCCAAAGCAUUGCUGUUCCAAAGAAAGGAAAAAGAACAGGUUAUGGAAUUCUCUUUUAAUGUGAACCUCUUAUUUCCCGAGAGGUUCUCCAUUUUGGACAAGAGCCUCGUUUCAGGUCGUGCAUCUCCGAAUAGACCAGAUCUUCAAUCCCAUGUAGCCACUGUUAUCGAUGAGCUGGGGAGAGCCUCUGCAAAGGCCCAAAAGUUAACCACACCUGUCACAACUGCUGCCAAAUUGCAGUCUCAGAAUCAUCAACUCUACUUGAUGAAGGAUGGAGAAAGCAACGGAGGGUGUGGCACAAUUGUGGGAUUUCUCAAAGUGGGAUUCAAGAAGUUGUUUCUGCUGGACCGGCAAGGUUUGCACAUAGAGGAUGAGCCUCUCUGUGUUUUGGAUUUCUUCAUCGUGGAGAAUUUGCAAAGAAAGGGCUAUGGACUGGAGCUGUUUAAUUUCAUGUUGCAGGACAAGAAUCUAGAACCGGUGCUGAUGGCGUAUGACAGGCCCUCUCCUAAAUUGUUGUCUUUCCUGGCCAAGCAUUACAGUCUGACGCAAAGUGUCCCUCAGGUCAAUCACUUUGUAGUGUUUGAUGGCUUCUUCCUCAACAAACCAGUGGCCCAAUUGAGAACGAUUCCCCUAAAAAAGCAAGGCGGCGAGAUCAAACCCUAUUCCAUAAUGGAGAGAGAAGCUGUCCGUCAGGAGCAGAGGAACCUUCCGUGGCCGUUUGCCCCUCUCCACAAUCCCCAGCGGUUGGUAUCCUCCCACAGCGCGGGAUCCUCCCCUACCAGGACGCCCCCUCAGUCAGCCCCAACGUCUGGCCCUGGGGUACACAGGAACCAGAGUCCGAACUUUCCUCUCAUCGAACGAUCCAGGGAAAGACGCACCAGUCAACAGGGUCAAGUUGCGAGAAGCGGCCUAUAUAGUCGCCACUUGGACAACAAAUCUUUGGAAUUGCUGGGAAGACCCCUAACAGUUCUGAAAUCAGCGGGAGGCCAACCAGACAUUUCCAGAAGUACAGAUACCAACUUGUUGGCGAGUGCUCCCUUACCAAAAAGCAGGCUUCUCACCCAUUCACCCCCAUCUACAAGCAAAGGCAGCGUGGUUUGCAGUCUGACAUCCCAGAACAAGAAAAAUCUACACCGAGGAAGAAACGUUGAAGUGGCCGACGCGAAAACAGAUCGCCGAGCUCCCGGGAGCGCGACGAGAGCCGUUUUGGAAAAUAAGAGACACCUAUUGUCCAAAGAGCAAGAUAAAAGCACGUGUGGCUUUUCUUGGACUGUCGACAAAAGCUGCUUCUCUCCCCAGCAGGUCAAGCAGAUGCUGUUCAGCAGGAGCACCUGUCCGUGGUCCUGACUUGGUUUGUCCAUCGGUGCCAAAAAUCCAUAUUGGAAGCGCUGAGUAUUCAUGUAUUAUUUGCCAAAAAAGAAUAAAGCUCCCUUGAGAGGUCAUGAAAUCCCCCCCCACACACACACACACACACACACAAUUAAAGAGCUGUUAUGGCGUCAAUGUAGAAACGGGACACACAGGUGUGAGUCAGUGUUGUGCAAUUUCUGAUGAAUUUGCAGCAACACACCACAGCCCAGUUUUCCAUCAUUCAGGAUUUGAUGUGACGCACAUUCAUCAUGAUUUUCUGAAGUUCAUAUGAAGACAGUGCUGCUGUUUAUCCUGUUAGAUCAAGGAAAAUAGAAGUCUUAGAAGAAAUGGUUGACAUCAAAAACCUGUGGUUGCCUGCAUAAAUUGGUCAACAUAUUUUUUUUCAUUAUUUACCUGGCACAGAGGUGGGUAUUAACGUGUUACGCUUAUUCCGUUACCUUUCAUUUUUUUAGGAUAAAUGCACGUUUAGUUUUACCACGCAAUGCAUUUUAUUUUUACUUGAGUCGAUUUGUGAAGACGAAUCGCUACUUUGGACUACACUAGUCCUUACAUCUUUAUUCUACAUAUUGAAUAUAUUUUCGCCAGCGCGGCGGCUCUACCAGUUUCACCGAUGAGACGUCGCAACAAAAAUCAACUAACUCCAUUACAUCAAUCAGUCGGAAGUCUUACACAAGACUUGUUGUUAUGUAUAUGGUUCAAGUUGAUUUAUUUUUUUAUGAGCUGUGUCACCCUGAAGUUCAUCAAAGUGAAUUAUAUUGCAUUAUUACUCUUGUGCUUUCACAAAUAAAAGUGACAGUGGUAUGUAGGGCUGCAGCUAUGCAGCUAUCGAUUAAUUUAGUAGUCGAUUAAUCAAUCGAGUAAUCGGAUACGGAACACGAAAAAUUAAAUUACCUGAGCUGAGCCUAAAACGGUAUAAAAAAAUAAAUGAAGAUCUAUGUACAACAAAAGAACAAUUGGCUAACUUACAUAGCAUUUUAUAGCAUUUAAACAAGCGGGCUUUUGCUAACUUUUUUACAAUGCUCUUAACAAAUGGUAUAGACACAUAUUCCCACAAAAAUAGACUAAAAAUACUAAAUAACGAAUGAAUUAAAAAAAACAUUAGCUCAAACAAAAACAUAGCUUAUGUUGGACUUAACAGGGAGCACUUGGAUUCAGCCAUGUGAAAUGAGGCAGACUAGAAGGCAGAGUAUCCACCCAAAUCAAUAAAUGUAAAUUGAAUACACUUUCAAAAUAAACCAUUACAACGCCACUUAAACGAAUACUCGAAGCAGCAAAAUUGAAUUUGAAUCUUUUUUUUCGAAUCAAAUACUCGAGUUAAUCGAUUGAUCGUUGCAGCACUAGUGGUAUGAAAAAGUAUGUGAACCUUUUUGAAUUUCUCAUAUUUCUGCAUAAAAUCAGCCAAAUGUGAUCUGACCUUUGUCAAAAUCACACAGAUGAAAACACAGUGUCUGCUUUAACUAAAACCACUCAAGCAUUUAUAGGUGUUCAUAUUUUAAUGAGGAUAGCAUGCAAACAAUGACAGAAGGGGGGGAAAUAAGUAAGUGAACCCUCUGCCUGAGGAGACUUAACGAGCCAUUGAAACCAAUUUCAAGGAUUGUUGAUUUGUAUAAAGCUUAGUAAGGAUACGAAACCAUCUCUAAAAGUCAGGAUGUUCAUCAAUCGACAGGCAGAGAAGUUGUCUGCAAAUGGAGAGAGAUAGGCACUGUUGCUUCUUUCCCAAGGAGUGGCCGUCCACCAAAGAUGACGCCAAGAGUUCAGCGCAGAAUACUCAGAGAGGUAAAAAAGAAACCUAGAGGGUCUGCUAAAGACUUGAAGAAUUCAGUCCAAUAUCUCUGUGCAAGCAUCAUCUAUAAGUAAAACUAUGGCCAAGAAUGGUGUUCAUGAGAGGACUCCACGGAGGAAGCCACUGCUGUCUAAAAAAAUGUUGCUCGUUAAAUGCAAAAAGGCACUCGGUCACUCCACAGAAGUUUUGGCACAAUAUUUUGUGGACUGAUGAAACCAAAGUUGAAUUGUUUGGGAGUAACACACAAAGUCAUGUGUGGAGGAAAAAUGGAACAGCUCACCAACAUCAACACCUCAUCCCCACCGUGAAACAUGGUGGAGGGAGCAUCAUGAUUUGUGUCAUUUGGGGCUGUUUUGCUACCUUAGGGCCUGGACAACUUGAAAUCAUUCAUGGAAGAAUGAAUUCAAAGGUUUGAUCAGGAUGUUUUGCAGGAAAACCAGAGGUCGUCUGUAAGACAAAGCUAAAAACAGGAUGGUUGCUGCAACAAGACAAUGAUCCAAAACACAAAGGUAAAUCAACUUCAGAAUGGUUUCAGAAGAACAAAAUACACGUUCUGGACUGGCCAAGUCAAAGUCCAGACUUGAACCCCAUUGAGAUGCUGUGGUAUAACCUAAAGACAGCGAUUCAUGCCAGACAUCCCAGGAGUCUGAAUUGCAGCAGUUUUGUAGAGAAGAAUGGGCCAAGAUCGAUGUGCCAGACUGAUCUGAAGCUACAGGAAGUGUCUGGUUGAAGUUAUUGCUGCCAAAGCGGGGGGCACAAAAUGUUAAAUGUAACGGUUCACUUAUUUUUUCCCCCUUCUGUCAUUGUUUGUUCAUUAAAAUAUAAAAACCUAUACAUGUUUGGGUGGUUUUAGUUAAAGCACAGUUUUUUCAUCUGUGUGAUUUUGACAAAUAUACCAUUUGAUGGUGAUUUUAUGCAUAAAUGUGAGAAAUUCCAAAAGGUUCAGAUACUUUUUCAUACAACUGUAAUGACUCACUAGACAUGUCUAAUAAGUGUGAAAUCAUGCUAGUCUGUUAACUAGACAUAUUUUAUCUACCACUUAAUCUGGGGUCGGUUCGCCUGGGGGAGCAGCUUUACCAGGGAAGCCCAGACUUCCCUCUCCCCAGCUUCUUCUGCCAACUGAUCCGGCAGGAUCUCGAGGCGUUUCCAGGCCAGCCGAGAGACCUAGUCUCUCCAACGUGUCCUGGGUCGACCUCGGGGCCUCCCGCCAUUGGGACAUACCCGGAACACCUCUUGUCGCGCUACCCAAGCGACUCUAUUGCGCCGCCGGGGGGAGGCGUGCCUAGUGUGAGUAUCUCUCUUUUCCCCAAAGCAAUUUGGUGCCUCCUCCACAGGAUAGCGCCCUAUGCAACCGCCUAGCUCGCCUGUAGAUGCCGUGCGCCGGCACUGUUUACUUUUGUUUUAAUAACAGUACAAUUUAAAUCACUGUACUUGUCCCGUGAAGGUUUUAAAUACAAAGACAGUUUCUGUAUUUACUUCACCACCACGAAAUCUAAACUCUGCUUUCCUUUGGCAGUGUUCCAGGGGACUGCUGCUUUCUGCACAGAACCUGAAAAUAUCCGUCUCAGCUUCAGAAAAAAAAAUAUUGCCUGUGAGUACCUCUAGUUUUCUGAUUACAGCAAUCACUAUGGGUUGGCGUGGCUCAGUGGUAAAGUAGUUGUCCCCCUAACCAAGAGGUUGUGGGUUCGAUUCUUCGCCCUGAUGAACUCGUCUAAGUGCUCCUUGUGCUGCGUCACCAGUAGGUGGAUGGUGAGAUAGUGUAAAGCACUUUGAGCGCCUUGAAAGGUGGAAAAGUGCUAUAUAAGUAUAACACCACCACCGUUUACAGCAUUGGAAAAUGUUUGCUUGUAUCCAAUCCAAGUACUGUAGAUCAGUCAUUUAAAUUUUACAUGUCAAGCAUGUGGUUGGUUUCAUUCAAAUUCAUCAUCUUGGUGUAUGACAGGAAAAAUCAAGACUUUCACUUCUGUUGAAGGGUGGCCGAAACGCGGUGCCAGCAACAAAUUUAACAUAUAUAUACAGACACAUCGUGUACAAGCUCAGUUGUUAUUGGAGCUUUUAUAAGGUUAGGUUUCGAAAUAUCCAUCUUGCCUCCUCAGAUGUAGUGUUGGCUAAGCAAAGGUGCUAGUCACAUGAUCUGUUCGAAAAAAUCAUUUGGAGCCAUGAUGAAAUACUUCAUUUCAUUCUUUUUUGUUUGUUUUAUUACGUUAAAACUUUUAUAGACAACAUUUUAACAGCUUGGUCUUUAUUUUAAAGGGACAGUAGUUCAGAAUCUUUGAC